AUGGCUCCAAUCUCCGACCUAUUAUCCCAACGUGCCAUCAAAAGCUUCACCCUAGGCGAAGGGGCAGAUUACUUCUGGAAAGUAAAGAAACUCCCACAAUACGAGGCAGAAAAAAGACCAGAUGGGUUCAUUGAUCUGUCUGGAUCUGUGAAUAACCUUAUGCACGACUGGACGAAGGAAUACGCCGACGAAGCGAUCCGCGGUAUGGAUGCCCAUUCACUGCUGAACUACGGCCCCCUUCAUGGUUCAAAAGACGUCCGGCAUGGUGUUGCCAACGUUUACAACAAAUUCUUCAGUCCGAAAUGUCCCAUUUAUGUCACGAGUGUUUUCGCAACCAAUGGCGUGAGCUCAGCAAUCGAUAUGCUCGCCUGGGUUCUUGCAGACCCAGGUGACAAAAUAUUGAUCCCAGCUCCGACGUUCUUCAUGCUGGACUUCGACUUGGCAGCACGGAAUGAGAUCAAGGUAGUCAAGGUCGUCACAGACCAUCUCGAAGAUCCUUUUGGUCCCGGUUCCGCUGAAGAGUUUGCCGAAGCCAUUGCCAUGGCAGCGGACGGUAUUCACGGUAGUCGGGUACGUGCCGUCUUUCUCUGUCAUCCCCAGAACCCACAAGAACGUUGCUACUCCAAACAAACCCUCCGUGCGUUGGUCGAAACGUGCCGUCAACGGGGCUUGCAACUAGUGGUUGAUGAGAUAUACGGCCUAUCGCAUUUCGGAGGCGAACUCGAGCCUUUCACCUCGGUCCUGGGUGCCACGGACCAGAGAUCAGAAAGCCAUGUGCACAGUCUCUGGGGCUUGAGCAAGGAUUUUGGAAUGGGCGGUCUGAGACUUGGAUUCAUUGUCUCUAGAAAUGAAACAUUGAGAGAGGCUUUGGCCAGGAUCUCGUGA